GAGACUUGCACGGCCAGCUGGAUGACUUGUUCCUCAUAUUUUAUAAGAAUGGCCUUCCUUCCCCUUCCAAGUCCUACGUGUUCAACGGGGACUUUGUAGACAGAGGCAAACAGUCUCUUGAGAUCCUCAUCGUCCUCUUUACCUUCCUCUUGAUCUAUCCAAAGGAAGUUCAUCUCAACCGUGGGAACCACGAGGACCACAUGGUCAAUUUACGCUACGGUUUCGCCAAGGAAGUAAUGCAGAAAUACAAGGCGCAUGGAAAGAAAAUCUUGAAGAUGAUCCAGAAUGUCUUCUGCUGGCUGCCCCUGGCCACCCUGAUUGAUCAGAAAGUCCUCAUUAUACACGGGGGCAUCUCUGACACCACUGACCUGGACAUGCUUGAGAAAAUUCAAAGGAACAAACCCCAGCCAGCCCAGGCUCCCAGCAUGGCCAACAGGCUGGAGUUCUCCAGGUGGGUCCGGCAGACAGUGCAGGAGCAAAUCGAGCGGUGCCGCCGGCUGGUGGACAUCAGCGAGUCGGAGUCGGAGGAGCUCACCUAUUCCAGCAUGGUCUCCUUGACGGAUUUGGAUGGGCCGUGCCGCGCUCACCAGGAGGAGUGGAAGCAGAUUUUAGACAUUCUCUGGAGUGACCCCAUGCCACAGGAGGGCUGUAGAGUAAAUACGGUGCGAGGUGGUGGCUGCUACUUCGGGCCUGACGUGACAAGGAAGAUCCUGGAGAAGUACAACUUGCAGUUCCUCAUCCGCUCCCAUGAGUGCAAGCACGAGGGCUACGAGUUCUGUCACAACCGGAAGGUGCUGACCAUAUUUUCAGCCUCCAACUACUAUGAGAUCGGCAGCAACAGGGGAGCCUACGUGAAGCUGGGGCCGGACCUCGUCCCCCACAUCGUUCAGUACCAAGCGAACAAGACAGCCCACACUCUCACCAUGACCCAAAGAAUCAGCAGAGUAGAGGAGUCAGCCUUUCGAGCCUUGCGGGAGAAGCUCUUUGCUCACACCUCAGCCCUCAUCAGCGCAUUCAAGGCCUACGAUAAGGACGAUACAGGAAGGAUCACGCUGAGCAACUGGGCGACAGCGGUGGAGUCAGUCUUGCACCUGGGAUUGCCCUGGAGGAUGCUGAGACCGCAGCUGGUGCGCAGCACGGCGGACGGCAUGCUGGAGUACAAGUCCUGGCUCGACGACUUGGCCAUGGAGCAGCGGAGCCCAGAGCACAUCCAGUCGAGCUUGCUGGAAGUCAUCUAUCGGAACAGAUCCAACUUGGAGACCAUAUUCCGGAUCAUAGACAGAGAUCAUUCAGGUCUCAUCUCAUUCGAGGAAUUCCACCAAACCUGGAAGCUCUUCAGCUCCCACAUGAACAUUGACCUCACAGACGACGGCAUCAAUGACUUAGUGCGCAGCAUUGAUUUCAACAAGGAUGGAAACAUCGACUUCAACGAGUUCCUCGAAGCCUUUCGCCUCGUCAAACAGUCACAGUAGCGAGAACCUGGUGAGGGUUGCCAUGUCGGAUGCCUUGACUGUCUGCGAAGCCAGGGGGGCUGCUUCCUACCUAACCGCAGAGCGUGCCUGCCGAUGCAAAGCAGGGACUGGGAAGUCAG